AUGUAUAGUUCCUUAUGCACUGAAAUGGAUUAUAGAUGUAUUAUGCAUCCAAAAUUGACAAAUAGUAGAUCCGUAUUCUCUUCCUUCAAUAUUUUAAAAUAUAAGUGCUACAGUAAAUGUGUUAAUUACAUGGCUUCCCUACUUGUGCGAAUGUGCAGUAGCAUUACUGGCAUGAUAAUAUGGACUGGUAUUAUAGGAACUGUUAAGUAUCUGUCACAGGUUGUGAGAGAAGCAUGCUGCACAAUAGCUUUUAUGUCUCAACACCUAUGCUCGAAGUUUGACCACUUUGCAGAAAUUAUUCUUGGCAAUCUAAUUAAUCUGAUUCCAAAUUCAGCCAAGGUAAUAGCAACUGCUGGCUUAGUAACAGUACGCUUUCUCAUAAGGUACACUCACUCAAACAGACUGAUACCAGCGAUAAUAUCAAAUAUGGUAUCAAAAUCGAGGGAAAUCCGACGAGCAUGUUGUGAGUUUCUUGAAUUAAUUCUUCGUCUUUGGCCCGCUCACACACUUGAAAAACAGGUUGCAAACCUGCAACAAGCUCUGAGGAAAGGAAUGUAUGAUGCAGACAGUGAAGCUCGGCAGUGUUCCCGUAGGGCUUUCUGGCAUUUCCGGCUCCAUUUUCAUGAAAAUGCUGAGCAGAUAUUAAACUCACUGGAUAGUACACAUAAGAAAGCUCUUAAUCUUGAAAUGGGAAUGUCAAAUUCAAACAAUAUAGCAGACCAGCAAGGAGGAAGAGGAGGUAGGCUGGCAGCUGGAAGUGACUUUCCAAGAGGUCGAACUGUUGCAGCUCCCAGUGCAGCCAGUUGUUUUCUACCACACAUGGUACACGUAUUUCGUGUGGACUCCUUUCAGACAUCUCUGUGUGAACUAGCAGCAUUUCAUCUGACAGUGUCUGAUAAGUACUCAGAUGUGAUAUGCUUCAUUUAUCAAAUGAGUGAUGAUCCACUUUCCAGCAUUUUAAUCAUUUCAUUUUCUGUUGAAUCAAGUAGUCUUCCGAAAUCUUCCUUACUUGGUGUGUACUGCAAAUAUGAUUGUCAUUUGAGGGAGUUAAAUUGUAUGACGUUGGGCUCUGAUAUGCUGCAUCAUUGUGGACUAACACUGCCUGUCAGAAGAUGCAGUUGUAACAAAAUCUGUAUUGCAAAUACUGUGCAUUCUGAUAUUGUAUUUUUCCUUGUUGGAGUCUCAUUGUUGUGUGAUUCACUAAAUGUGAUACUUGCAGAUGGUAACCAGGAAACAUUCCAUUUAUCUCGAAAAGCUUUAAACGGAUCACCACGUCGAGGUUCAGCUCCUGGCCCAUCAGCACUCCGGUCUAAUAGUGCUAUUGAUCUGCAGGCAGCCCAACGUGCCAAGGCAAGAGCACAGUAUGCUGCUUUAGCUCGACAUAAAGUAGGAUCUGGGGCGUCUCUUCCUCGGCCAGGAAAGAAAGCUGCAGACUCAUCUGGCAUGUCCACAAGUGUUAUAACAUCUCCAGAAAGAUUGGGCAGAACAAGGAGUCGGAUGUCAAAUGUAUCUCAGUCCCAACCUACAAGCCACUCAGGGUCUCCGUCUUCCAGACUAAGUUAUGCUACCUUUUCAACUACAAACAGAGAAACAGGACAUGAUGGCAGACAACGUAGACCAUCCGGCAUCCCUCUCUCGACAGGACCUAGUCGUGAAGCUAGCAGAGAGACUUCGCCAAGUCGUUACUCUUUAAAUCUACUUGAUCGCUCAUUUGGCUCAAAAUUGAGAGGGAGGUCUGGACAUAUUGGCAAUGUGAGUGAUCGCCAAGGACAGUCCCGACCAGUGAUGGCCCAAAAAAUAUUACAACAGAGUCGGGAAGCUGAGUCUGCACUAGCUGAUGCCUUGACAUUCGACUCAGUUGACGGAAAUGAAGUUGGCAGCCGAGUACCACUCAGCCGCAAGGCAUACAGAUCGUUUGAUGAUCAUUCAGAUGACAGUGAGACAUCCAGUGUGUGUUCAGAGCGAUCUCUUGAUUGCUACAGGAGGUCUGGUGAUAUGUUCUGUUCUAAUAAUGAGAUGGUGUGUAAUUUGCAAACUCGACGUAUAUGUGAUAGGUUACUUGAAGUCUAUGCAAAUUUGACUGAAAUUCUUUCAUUUCAUUAUAAUGAACAGUUUUUGUCAUUGGAGUGCGAUCCCCCCACCCACUACUUCCAUGCCCCAAUGUGUCAAGCAUGUUGCUCCAUAAAAGCGUAUCAAAAAUCUAAUUUGUUUUUGUUUUUGGAGUAUUUGGGUCGAAGCGAGCUUCGAGUAUCACCUUUUGGUACUCAGUGUCACGAGACACUUAACAGGGUUGUAUCUUUCAUCAUAACACACUACCACUACACCACCAGCAGUGUCACUGCCAUUAAUCAUUACUGCUUUGAAGAACCAUCUUCCAUGGCACACAGUUUUUUUAAAUCCAUUGAUGAUGCCACAACUUUAAGUGUCACAAUUUUAAAAUUUGACAGAAAUAAUAAAAAAGACCCAUUUGAGUAUACUUGUAACAUAUCGGACAUCAUAAACAACUGUGCCAGCACACACUGGAAUGAGCGUAAGGAUGGGCUGGUCUCAUUGCAAGCAUAUUUCCAAAAUGAAAACAGACUAAGACGCGUUGAACUCCAAUGAGUAACUGAAAUUUUUACCAAAAUGUUCAUGGACUCCCAUACAAAAGUCUUCAGUAUGUUUCUGGAUACUCUAAAUGAACUAAUUCUAGCACAUAAAGAUGAUUUACAUGAUUGGAUAUACAUUCUGCUUACACGUCUCAUGAAUAAACUUGGUGGAGAUUUGCUGGGUUCAAUCCAAAAUAAAAUACACAAGUCAUUAUCUAUUGUAAGGGAAUCAUUUCCACUGGAACUCCAAAUGAAUGCAAUUAUAAGGUUCCUGGUUGAUCAGACUCAAACACCCAAUUCUAAAGUUAAAGUAGCUGUUCUUCAAUACUUGGCCCAGCUUGCAUCCUAUAUGGAUGCCUCAUCCUUUAACCCAGGUGCCCGAGAAGCAGCUGCAGCUUUAGCCAAAGUAAUCAGUUGGACAAAUGAUCAGAAAUCAGCUGAAAUCAGAAAAGCCGCUCAGAACGCUCUAAUUGCAUUAUUCAACCUGAAUACACCUCAGGUGACAAUGAUUUUGUCAUCACUGUCUCCAGAUUACCAGGAAACAGCAGCAAGCCUUGUAAAUAGCCAUGUAAGGCGCAGUAGCACAGGAAGUUCGCCCCCAUCACCAUCACCACAUGUUCAGUCUCCAGCAACUCCACAGUCUAGGCCUUCUCUGGAGAUGGAUGAGGGAAGUCUCAAUCCAGAAGAAGUGUACAGGUCACUCCACAGAACAACCACAGAAAUACAGAAUUAUAGUUUUGAUGGUGGCCUCAGUUCUGUGAAAAUGCUGGAUAAGUAACGAGAAACUACAUCACACGAUUCUGGCAUCAGUCAGAUGUCUUGCGGUAUGGAGAAAUUAGAAGAACAAAUGGAACAUCUUCUGUCAAUUAGUAGAGAACCUACAGCGCACAGCAGCGGCAACUCCCAUGGAGGCAGCUAUAGCCAUGCAAUUUUCCUGCUCUGCAAAGCAGUUCAUUUGAAACAGCUGUGUGCAGUUGGAAGUACUGUCAUUGCAGCUUGUCUUAGUCUGUGUUGUGAAUAUGUGAGUACAGAUCAUUUCACUGAAUUCCUUCGUGAUGCAUCUUUAUUAGAGUUUUUUGUGGUUCCUACUUGGAACAUAUCCUGCAAUGAAUUUGAAAACCUAAAUCCCUGGUUAUGGUGGCCGUCCUUUGCUGGCCUGAUGGUAUGCAAAAACAAUGUUUUGACACACAUUUUAUGGAAAAAAGGUGUUUUUCUAUUGGGAACUUCAUUGGGAGUGAAUGGCUUUUUAAAAAGUGGCUACCAGCAGAAGACAGAGGACCAUUGUAUAUUUGGCAAAGAAUAUCGUUUACAGUGCCAGACUGCAGGCAAAGAAUAUGUAGCAAUUUCUAACAUGCAGAAUAAAAAUGUGACCACUGAUGUGAAUAAAAAUGUCAUUAAUAAAAAGAGCUUCUGCUAUGACUCUUAUGGUUGCAAAAUAAUGCCAGUCAAUACCCCUCCUCAUUUAUAUUUUCAUGUACGUCUCAAAUUUUCCAUUGUCACAAACAACAUGGAAAGGACCAUUACUAACUGCCAACACCACCACUGCCAAUUAUCUGCAUCCAGUGUGUUGCGUCUACUCAAUCAUGCAGUGCCUUCAGUAGAUAUGGGUUACAGUUGUUAUGUUAUACAUGCAUUUAAAGGAGUAACCGUUGACUUGGAUUUCAGCAUUUCUUCUCUGUAUAGUUUUGAGCAGAGCUGGGAGCAAUUAUCAAACAGUAAGCUUUUAGGUUUCCCCACAUUUACAAAAAAUACAUACUCAACGUGUCUCUUCCCAUUAUUUUCUCAUAGCAUGCGCUUCUGUACUGUAACAUCAUUCCGGAAAUUCCGACUUGCUUUUACAGCUUGUUCUUUAUCAGAAGGCUUCUUUAUUCAUAUGUUGCAAAGGGAUUAUAAAUUCAUCAUCACUACUGUUACGUCAUCAUUACUACUAAUUGAAUUGCACUUGUCAUUGUUGAUUCUCAAUAUGCUACUGUGUGGAGGGAGCCAAAAACACUUUCUUAUUAAUUCAAGUCUGAAAAGUAUCAGUAUGGAGAUGCAGGAUUUUUGGUUUAUGGUGAAUUUGGAUGGCCAAGAUUCAGAUCAAUAUUACAAGAAUAUGCCAUCGGCAGCUCUAGUAGAAGAAAACUGUCAAAUUGUGCAGAAUGUGAUUGACACUUUAAAAGUUGAUGAUGAAGGAAAUGCAAAAGUAUCUGAGCAAGACAGUAAGAAAGCACUUUCUCAGUUAAAACACCUAAUAAAAUCUGGAGCUGUUGGUAUCAUAGUCUAUAAUUUCAAGGUUCUAUUAAGGGUUCUGGUAUCACAGUUGGCACUACCUCACUCUCCAGUGAAGACGUACAUUUUAAAUGUGCUACACGAUAUGAUCAAAGACCCAACUGUGAGACAUUGUUUUAAUAUGUACGUAGAGUUAAUCGUGCUGCGAACGCUAACAGCUUACAGUGACCCGUGUAAAGAGGUGUCGAAAGCAGCUGAGCACUGCAUUUCAGCUAUUGGAAAAUCACUGCCUCCUGAACAACUCAUUAAUGUAGUUUGUCCAUUGAUAAAAACAGGAGAUCUUCCAAUGAAUUUGGGAGCUAUAAAAAUAUUAACUCGUGUCAUUGAACACACUACGCAAGAUAUUUUAGAACCACAUCUGAAAGAAAUAAUGGAAAGUCUCGUCAAAGCAUAUGAUAACGAAGAAAGUUCUGUGAGGAAAUCUGCUGUAUUUUGUAUGGUUGAAUUACACGGUAUUGUUGGAGAGGCAGUUUUGCAACCGCAUUUAGCUAGCUUAAACAAUGGUAAGCUAAAACUUCUUCACCUGUAUAUCAAACGAUCGCACCAUGGUGGUUCGAGUGGCAUCACUUCACCAAAAACCACAACGUCGUGAAACUUUUAAUACUCGUUAAUUUUGGCUUUAAUGUAUUCUAUCAUUCCAGUGCUUGUCAAUUUUUUUAACGAAACAGAGUUUUCCAGUUAUUAAAGCCCAAAAAUAAACAGUA